AUGUUGGAAGACUCCAAGGACCCUGCCAUACCACCCACAGGCUUCAAAGAGUGGCUCCAAGAUAAAAAUGGUAUCUAUUGGAUCUCUGGGAAAGCAGGGUCUGGGAAAUCCACUCUCAUGAAGUUCCUCGCCGAGAAUGCACGCGUUAGCCACUAUCUCCAAGAUUGGGCGGGUCUUUCUGCAAAACCUGUAUUGAUCUCCUGGUUUUUCUGGGCUGUUGGAUCGGCUAUGCAGAAGUCCAAAGAAGGUCUCUUUCAGUCGCUGCUAUUCCAGAUUCUGAGACGAUGCCCUAAUCUCAUUCCGAUUGUCUGCGAAAGUCGAUGGCAAGAAGAUAGUGCAUACGGCGAAGAGAGCGAUCCAUGGACCCUUGAGGAACUCGACGCUGCUUUUGUCAUCAUAUCAAACCAGCCCACGCCCGGGAUACUGUUCUGCAUGUUCAUUGAUGGCUUGGACGAAUAUGAUGGACGACCCACCGAAAUUAUAGACAGGCUCCAACUUUUGGCAAAAGCUGAAAACAUCAAAAUGUGUCUCGCCAGUCGUCCUUGGACUCCAUUCAGGACAGCUUUCGCUGAAGGGAACUGUGAUGGCUCACUUCUGCUCGAAAGACAUACGAAGCGUGAUAUCGAGCGCUUCGUGAAGGAUAUACUAGAGAAAGAUAAAAGAUUCACCCAAGCAGAGCGAAUAGACAAGAAAUAUGGUUUGUUUGUCCAUGAAGUGAUUGAAAGAGCCCUCGGUGUAUUCUUAUGGGUGUUCUUGGUAGUCAAUCAGCUCUUGAAAGGAUUGGGAGAGCGGAACAAACUAGAAGACCUCCAAGCAAAACUCGACACAAUGCCGAAAGACUUGGAAUCUUAUUUCAAGCAAAUAUUCGAUGGAAUUGACACAGCACACCGGACGGAAUCUGCCAAGGUGUUCCUUCUGACGACCCAUGCUGUGCAGCCACUCUCUGUUGCCUGCUAUCGCUAUCUCGAGAAAGAGCAUCGCGAACCGGGCUACGCGCUUGAAGCGGUGAUCGAGCCGAUGUCCCCAGAACAACUGACGCUCGUACACGAGGAUGUUAGGGAUCGGAUCAAUUUCCUGUGCAAAGACUUGCUCGAGGUGAAUGAGACCCUUACCGACCAAAGGCUUGAUUAUCAAGUGGACUUCCUCCAUAGAACUGUAAGCGAUUUUCUCAUGGAAAAGGACAUGUACCAAGACCUGGUUCAACGCGCGACCGACAACAACACAGCCAAAUGGGAUGCUCAUCAAGCACUCUGCUACGUAGAGCUGGCCAGAGCGAAGAGCUUGCCUCUCAAACAUGGCAUUCAAAACCGACUCAACGUGGUGUUUUCUCUCGUUGACACACUCAUGUUCUAUGCCCACGAAGUUGAAAUAGAGCAGAAAGCGCCACAGACCAAAUUACUAGAACAACUCGAUCGAGUCAUCUCGGACUACGCUGAUAACGGUAUGGUCUAUCACUGGACAAAUGCUCGCGAUCCACCAAGAGGCUUGUACUUCGACGAAUACAACUACAACAGCUUUCUCGCGUUGGCAGUUCAGAGUCGCCUAGGCUUGUAUGUCAAGGAGAAGCUCGAUAGCAAACCUAACCUUCUGCGCGCCAAAAGUGGCCGCCCGUUUCUGGAUUACGCAUUGCGACCCAAUAUUGUAACCCCGACUAGACUUCCGCAACUUGUGGAGUUUAUCGAUUUCGACAUGGUUCGCUUGCUUCUGGACAAGGGAGCCAACCCCAACGAAAAGGUAUCGAUUUACGGCAACAUCACCGUCUGGGCGCUUUUCCUGCUCUCAUGCUACGAGAAAAAGGAUAUCAAAAGUUCCCAAGCCAAAGAAACCUGGUUCAAAGCGGCGGAGUUGAUGAUCAGAAAAGGCGCUGAUAGGAAGCUGAAGCUUGAGACUACGCGGCGAGAAAAAAUGGCGAACCACUUAGAGGCGGAGGCGGCUGCGCUGGUGAAGACGGCAAAGUAUCGAAGAGUGGUCACUCGAGGAGGGAUUAUUGAAGUAGACGUCCCAGUGGAGCUCACGGCUGUGAGUAUCUUGAGGGAGAUCUUCGGCGAUGGCAAGAUUGCGGAGAUAGAGGCUAUUGUACCCGAGACAACGAGCUGGAGUGUGUGGAACUUGAUACCCUGGACUUGA